AAAAAACAAAAAUUUGUUUUGGCCUUACUUUUCUGUUCUUUUGUUUGUUUAUUAUUAUUCCUCAAUUCAAAUUGAUAUCCACUAUAUAUAUUCUGAACGAUCUGAUCUGUAUGAUCAAACGAAAAUUUGUGCAAAUGUUUAAACAAAUUCAAAUGGGUUUAAAAGCAUUUCUAUUAUUCACUGCACGUGUUUGGUCUUGUAUAUGUUAUUCAUUGAAAAAACAAACUCGAGCGCUGAAACAACAUCAAACAGUUAAAUAUGACAUAAUACCAUUAUCACCAUUAUCAGCACAUCGAUUAAAUCUUGUAAAACGGAAAACAUUGGUACUUGAUCUUGAUGAAACUUUGAUACAUUCACAACAUGAUGGCGUAACAAGACAAACAGUGAAACCGGGUACACCACCGGAUUUUAUACUUCGUGUUACAAUUGAUCGUAAUCCAGUCAAAUUUUAUGUACAUAAAAGGCCACAUGUUGAUUAUUUUCUUGAUGUGGUGAGCAAUUGGUAUGAUUUGGUUGUAUUUACAGCCAGUAUGGAAAUAUAUGGCCAAGCAGUUGCAGAUAAAUUGGAUAAUAAUCGUGGUAUAUUACGGAGACGUUUUUUUCGUCAACAUUGUACAUUGGAUUUUGGUAGCUAUACAAAAGAUUUGUCCACAAUUGUCGGUGAUUUAUCAAGUGUUUUCAUACUGGAUAAUAGUCCAGGAGCAUAUCGUUCAUAUCCAGACAAUGCCAUACCAAUUAAAUCUUGGUUUUGUGAUCCUUCCGAUACGGCAUUAUUAAAUCUAUUACCAGUAUUGGAUGCAUUACGUUUUACUAGCGAUGUACGAUCUGUAUUAAGCCGGAAUCUUCAUCUACAUAAAAUGUUUUGAAAAACCAAAAACUAAAACCAGAAAAAAAACAUCUCAACAUCAUGCCUACAUUACAAACAAAACA